AUGCCCAACGCGGCGUCGACGGCGAACGCGCGCGCGUCGAGCGUCGACGGCGCGCGCGCGAGAGGCGAUGACGUCGCGAACGACGCCGCGGACGACGGCGACGACGACGGAUGCCUGCGGCGAGGGAUGUGGAUCUCGAAGCGCAACGACGUGACGAAGUGCUGGAAUCGUCGCUUCGCGCGCGUCGUGGGCGAUCGAUUGGAGUUUCGGAAGGACGCGACGAGCGAUAAGGCGAGCUCGUCGGUGGCGCUCGACGACGUGCGCGGGUGCGUCGCGUCGUCGUUGAACAUACACGGCGAACGAGGGAAGGCGGGAUGUGGGGUGUACAUCGAGGUGAAGAAUGUGAAUGAUGGUGUGUUUUUGUGCGCGGAGACGCCCGGGGAGGCGACGGCGUUCGUGGAAGCGUUUCGGGACGCGCGAGCGAACGGGACGAAGCGGGCGAACGCGCGGGCGGAAAAGCCUCGAGACGCGCGCGUGCGAGCGCUGAUACCGACGGCGGCAUCGCCGGGCGAGGUUAAUUCUGGUGCCUAUAUCGACUCUCCGCAGCACUCGGGGUCGACGAUGGACACGCGAGGGAGAAUCAUCGAUACCUUUGGCGCUAUGGAAAUCGCUCUGCAAGCAAAGGAUGAACUUCUGGCGGCCGAGGCCGCGGGGCGGGAAUCGCUCGAGAGCGCGCUGCGGUCGGAGACCAAGCUCAGCGCGGAGUUGCAGAAACGCGUGAGUUCGCUGAAGGAGAGAUUAGAGAACAGGGAGAAGGAGUUGAAGUUGGUACGAGAGAAUUUACAAGUCGAAAAAGCGUACUCGUCCGAGCUCAGGGAGCAGCUCGACGAGGCGCUCGUGCACGCGACUGAGAUGGAAGAUACAGCGGCGGCGGCGACGAUGGAAAUCGAGCGUCUAGAUAGAGAGCUGGCGGACGCUAGAUCAACGCGCGAACGCAUGGAAGAGGCCCUGAUGAGCGAGGGAGACUACCUGCGCCAACGCGAGGCGGAAGAGUUCCAACGCCAGCGACAGCUAGAGUCGCAGUUGAAUGAGGCUAAAAAUCGAAUAGAAGAGCUGGAGUUAAAGCACGAGGGCGAAUUAGCGGACGUUCGUCGUCGCUCAUCUCACGCCGUGGCCGUCGCGAGCGCGACAGAGCAAGAGCUUUUGCUCAGUCGAGAUCGCUUGCUGAGCGAGCUCGCGAGGAUGCGCAGAGAAGGGUACGAAACCGUAUUGAACACGAGUCGAGACUCCACCCAUCAAACUGGUGCCAGCGCACCAUCGACGCCAUCGCGAGUGAGAACUGUUUCGAUGCCGACGACGCCCUCGAGACUCGGGCAAGUCUCCUCGUCUCCGCGACGAGUGACGUUUAAGGAUUCUCAAGCGUCGAGAGUACACCUCGCGCGCGAUUCGCCGAGGACGCCACGGUCAUACGCGUCGCAUCCGGAACCGGAUGCCACUCCGGAUGGCACGCGUCGCGCGUUAUUCGAUCGCUCGACGCGGUCACCGGGUAAGCACCUCGACGCGAGCAGAGUGAUUGAUAGAUUAGACUCACCGGGUACGCACGGAUGUCGAGUGCAAUAA